CACGAGGUAGAUGCUGAAUAAACUCUGGUUGCUUUACAUGGUGUGAAUCAGGGGCCAGGGGGACUCACUGUGUGGCCUGACUUGGGCGUGAUGCCCCUUCUCUCCCUCGCAGGACAAUGCCAUCCUCCGUCACGUGGGGCCUCCUCCUGCUGGCAGGCCUGUGCUGCCUGGCCCCUGCCUCCCUGGCUGAUAGUCUCCAUGGAGUCGCUGUCCACAAGAUCACACCGGAACUGGCCAACUUCGCCUUCAGCCUGUACCGUCAGGUGGCCCAUCAGUCCAACUCUACCAACAUCUUCUUCUCCCCAGUGAGCAUCGCUACAGCCUUUGCCAUGCUCUCCCUGGGGGCCAAGGGCGACACUCACACCCAGAUCCUGGAGGGAUUACAUUUCAAUUUGAAGAAGGUACCUGAGGCUGACAUCCACACAGGCUUACAGCAUCUCCUCCACACCCUCACUGAGCCAGACAGACAGUUGCAGCUGAUCACUGCCAACAUCUUGUUUGUCAAUGAGAGUGUGAAGCUGGUGGAUAAGUUUUUGGAAGAUGUCGGGAAGCUGUACCACACAGAUGUCUUCUCCAUCAACUUCAGAGACACCAAGGCCAAUACACAGGUCAAUGAUUACAUAGAGAUGAAAAGCCAAGAAAAAAUUGUAGAUCUGGUCCAAGAGCUUGACAAAGACACAACUCUUGCUCUGGCGAAUUACAUCUUCUUUCAAGGCCAGUGGAAGGUUAAAUUCGAGGCUGAGGGCUUUGUAGCAGAAGACUUCCACGUGGACAAGAAGACCACGAUAAGGGUGCCCAUGACCCACCGUUUGGGCAGGUUUGACCUGCUGCACGACAAGGCGCUCUCCUCCUGGGUGCUGCUACAGCACUACAGGGGCCAAAUGCCCGCCUUCCUGAUCCUGCCCGACGAGGGGAAGAUGCAGUACCUGGAGGCCAAGGUCUGCCAGAAGCACCUGGCCAGGAUCUUCAAAAACAUCGACAUACGGUCUGCCACUCUGAGUAUGCCCAAACUGUCCAUUUCUGGAACCUACGAUCUGGAAACCAUCCUGGGUGAAGGCGGCAUCACCAAGGUCUAUGAGCUCUCGGGGAUCAGCGAGGGAGUUCCCCUGAAGCUGUCCAAGGCGCUGCACAAGGCUGUGCUGACCAUCGAUGAGAGUGGGCAUGACCAUUCUGGUGCCAUGCCUUCGGAAGAGCGUCACAGGUUUAAGCAUCUGACCAUCAAGUUCAACAGGCCCUUCUUAGUCAUCAUCAUGGAUGAAAAUGCCAACAUGCCUCUCUUCAUGGGAAAGAUGGUAAAUCCCAUGUAAAAGUAACUGCCUCUCUGGGUUCAGCCCUUCACUCCCAAGCCAAGCUCCCUCCCUUGGUGAUAUUAAAGAAUGGAUAAACUGGC